AUGGUGCUGGUGGUCUUGCUGGGACUCAGCUGGUUUUGUUCGCCUCUGGGGGCUCUAGUUCUGGACUUCAACAACAUCAAGAGCUCUGCGGAUGUGCACGGGGGCCGGAAGGGCCCACAGUGCAUGUCUGACGACGACUGCAGUGCCAGGAAAUUCUGCUUCAUGGCUCACGACGAGGAGCCCUUCUGUGCCAUGUGCCGCAGGGUGCGCCGGAGGUGCCAGCGGAGUGCCAUGUGCUGCCCGGGAACACUCUGCGUGAACGACGUCUGCACUGCAGUGGAAGAGGCAACCCCGGCACUGGAAAGAAAGGCUGAGGAGCAAGGUGGGGUGGACGCAAAAGGAACCAGAGAGCGCCCAGUUUUUGAGGAGAGCAAACCCAAGCGGAAGCCCAGCGUGAAGAAAUCACAGGGUGGCAAGGGACAAGAGGGAGAAAGCUGUCUUAGAACCUUGGACUGUGGCCCUGGACUUUGCUGUGCUCGUCAUUUUUGGACAAAAAUUUGCAAACCAGUCCUAUUAGAGGGACAGGUCUGCUCUAGGAAAGGACAUAAAGAGAUUGCUCAAGCCCCAGAAAUCUUCCAGCGCUGUGACUGUGGUCCUGGACUAUCAUGUCGAAGUGAACUGACUGGCAACCGACAACAUGGACGGCUAAGGGUAUGCCAAAAGGUGUGA